UGCCAUCUGAAUGAACUCUAGAAAAUAUAUGUGGUGUAUUGAUUUGGUAAUGUUGUUUGGUAUAAGUAUUAUUUCAGUGCUUAUUUGCUGCCAAUGUGAUACUUCUACUUUUACCCAGUAGAGGGCGCACUCGCCUUAGAGUUGACUACUGAGGAUUGAUGUGAGACUGAAGAAGUUGUACAAGAGAGAAACAUGUGCUUGUACUGUGUGUGCCGUUCUUAUUAAACGUCCUUUAAACUUGGAGAGUGUGCGCGUCAUUACGGCCACGAUACAACAUAUUUUUGGCGACGAGGAUAAACAAAGUUUUGAAGGAAGGACGAGUUGUUCGGACGACAAGGACUUAAAAAGGGAGGAGUACCAAGUACCGUGAAAGUUUGUAGAAGAUGGCGACCAUUGGCACUCUGGCGGCGUUUGAUGCGAAAAAUCAAAGCUGGGAAGAAUACUGUGAAAUAAUGGAUCAGUUUUUUGAGGCCAACGAGAUUGAUGAUGGGGAUAAGCAGAGAGCUAUUCUCCUCAGUGUUGUCGGCGCAUCUACCUACAGUUUAAUGCGGAAUCUCCUUAGUCCAACUAAACCAAAAGAGAAGACUUACGGCGAGCUGGUGGCACUACUAAAAAACCACUUCGACCCAAAGCCAAGUGAAAUCGUCCAGAGGUACAAGUUUGAUUCUUGCAGUCGUAAACCAAAUGAGUCGGUGAUGGAGUACGUAGCGGAGCUGCGGAGGCUGGCCCAGGACUGUAAUUAUGGCAACACCUUGGAGCAAAAGUUGAGAGACAGGAUCGUUUGUGGAAUAAAUGAUGAUCGGAUUCAAAGAAGACUCCUGGCAGAAGCAGAUCUAACGUGUGAGAAGGCUUUGUCCAUUGCCGUUGCGGCAGAAACAGCAACUAAAAAUGCGCAAGACCUGCAGAAUCCGUGCGCCACUGCGAAGUGCUUCAAAGUAAACAAAGGCCCGCAGCAGCGAGGUGCGUUCAAGUGCGGAAAUGUUCAAGAGUGCUAUCGUUGCAAAGGACAACACAACGCUGCAGAAUUGUAGGAAUGGGUUGCAUGCAGCCUCUAUGGUCCAAAUGGAGAAUCAAGGGCGCGACGAGGUGGAAAGAAUCAAGACCAAGUUCUUGUCUGUGUGGCAUCAUGUCAAGUACAGUUGGGCUCUGAAGUCAAAGACCUUAUUCAGCCGAAAUUCCCCUGUGCUGCUCCUGGGGAAGUGUUAUCAUUUUAAGGCUGAAGAUGAUAGUGACCCCGAAGCCUACUCGGAUUGUGCCAUGGGAAAUAUCGAGGAUUUCCGAAGGGAUUUUGGAUCUCGCAUCUGGCUAACUUAUAGGGAAGAGUUCCCCCCCUUGCCUGGCUCUGUUUUAACGUCCGACUGUGGCUGGGGCUGCAUGUUGCGGGCUGGACAGAUGAUGUUAGCCCAAGCACUUCUUCUGCAUGUCUUGGGCAGAGACUGGACAUGGUCCGAGGCACUACAGCUCCAGUGUUUAGACGCCGAGACGCGGACCACCAGUGCGGCCAAGCGCCUGGUGGAAUCCGUGGAGGCUUCUCUGCAGGGCACCCUCAACAGGCCCUCCUCCAAUCCUCAAUCAUCAGCCACAGAGCAGGCUCCGGGGCCAGCGGAGGAGGCGGAUGCCCAUUUAAAAGAAAUGUACCACAGGACGCUGAUUUCUUGCUUUGGGGACAUCCCCUCCGCUCAGCUGGGUCUACACAGACUGGUGCUUUUAGGUCUGACGUUGGGGAAACAGGCGGGGGACUGGUAUGGACCUGCUGCUGUCGCGCACAUUCUCAAGAAAGCUAUGGAUGAAGCCAAAGAGCCAGCCUUAAGCGCUAUAACCGCUUACGUCUCCCAGGAUUGUACAGUGUACAGCGCUGACGUGAUUGACAGCCACAAGGCAGCCAAAGCCGGGACAUCAGACGCCCUGGCCCAAAAGAACCAAUCAGCGCCCCACGCUCGAGCUGUUGUCAUUCUCGUCCCUGUGCGACUUGGCGGAGACAAGAUCAACCCCGACUACUUUAACUUUGCAAAGAGAAUACUGAGUCUGGAGUACUGCAUCGGCAUCAUUGGAGGGAAGCCCAAGCAGGCGUGCUACUUUGUAGGAUUUCAAGAUGACAGCUUGAUUUACAUGGACCCUCAUUACUGUCAGUCUUUUGUGGACGUCAGCACUAGCCAUUUCCCUCUCCAGUCCUAUCAUUGUCCCUCACCAAAGAAGAUGCCUUUCACCAAGAUGGAUCCAAGCUGCACCAUAGGAUUUUACUCCAGAAGUGUCCAAGACUAUGAGAAAAUCAGCCGAGAGCUGUCGCAGGUGCUGCAGCCAUCAGCGAGCCACAAAUACCCAGCCUUCACCAUUGUGCAAGGCCAUGGCAGAGAUUAUGACCUGCCAGCCAGCCUGACCCCAGAAAAGAGGGAAUGGCCCUUCAUCCGUGACCCGAGGAGGACAAUCGCCACCGCUGGCGACUUUGUGCUACUUUGACGCAAGCGUUUUGUGACGUUGAACUUUUUCAAACAGGACCGUCGCUGGAAACAGACCGAUUGGUGAACAGCUGGAUUGGAGCAAUGUGAGCUUGCUCAAAUAUAGCGUGGGACAUCUGCUGAAUGAUCCAAUCUAUUUUUAUACUAAACGCAAGAAAUGGAAUAGAAUUGAAUUGUGCAGUUGUUAUAUUAUUUUAUUUUUCCCAGCAGACAUUUCAGUGUUAUGAUAUGAAGACUAGUUCAGUAACACCUACAUGUAAAAUAAAGAACAUAAAGUUCCUGCAAUAUUAAUACAACUCGUAUGGCAUGAUUUGUAUUUAAUGAACAUUUUUUUUUUUUUUUUUAAAGGCUAUAGAGUUUUCCCCAUGAACUUCUCAGAUCUCAAGUAGGAUGCAUAUUUAAAUGAUAAUGCAACAUAUUUGAAGAGCAAUCCUUUCAAUUCAUUUUGUAUUCAUUUGGAAAUUGUAAAUAAAUAUCUUGGCAAUAAAGGAACCUUGCUUAUAAAACACCA